GGAUUUGUAGUUAUAAAAUAUAUGAAUGGGAUAUGAAUAUUUGUAACAUACACUCUAUAGUCAAAAGUAUUGGGACACCCCUCCAAAUCAUGGUGUUCCAAUUACCUCCAUGGCCACAGGUGUAUAAAAUCAAGCACCUAGGCAUGCAGACUGCUUCUACAAACAUUUGUGAAAGAAUGGGUCGCUCUCAGGAGCUCAGUGAAUUCAAGCGUGGUACCGUGAUAGGUUGCCACCUGUGCAAUAAGUCCAUCUGUGACAUUUCCUUGCUACUAAAUAUUCCACGGUCAACUGUUAGUGGGUAUUAUAAUAAAGUGGAAGCAACUGGAAACAACAGUAACUCAGCCACAAAGUAGUAAGCCACGUAAAAUGACAGAUCGGGGUCAGCGCAGAAGUCACCAAGGGUAAAUAAACCUCCAACUGUCUACAGAGUCAAUAACUAAAGACCUCCAAACUUCAUGUGGCUUUCAGCACAACAGUGCGUAGAGAGCUUCAUGGAAUGGGCUUCCAUGGCCUAGCAGCUGCAUCCAAGCCUUACAUCACCAAGUGCAAUGCAAAGUGACAGAUGCAGUGGUGUAAAGCAUGCAUCCACUGGACUCUAGAGCAGUGGAGACGUGUUCUCCGGAGUUAGGAAUCACGCUUCUCUGUCUGUCAAUCUGGUGGAUGUGUCUGUGUUUGGUGGUUGCCAGGGGAACUGUACUUGCCUGACUGAACUGUGCCAAGUGUAAAGUUUGGUGGAGGGGGGAUUAUGGUCCCUUAGUUUCAGUGAAGGGGACUCUUAGGGCCCUU